ACAGCCUAUACUGUACAGGGUUGACAGGGUUAGGUUUGAGUGAAUCAGAUCGGAUCGGUAUUGUUUUGAAGUUUGAGAUGUGAAAGUACUACGUGUAUUUUGUCGUGUUGACGUUUCUGUAAAUCGGUAACAACAAUUGAAAAGCGCGACGAAAAUGGAGCCGGAUGAAGUUGAGGCAAACUCAAAAUCGGGAACGAGUAUACGAAGCGACAAGAAUGCCGCCAUCGACUACGACGAAGACAGAUUGCAUGAGAUGACAGCAUCUUAUUCCGAGAUAUCGUUCGAUUCGCAAUCCUCGCCACCAAUUUCAGAGUUGAGAUCACUCAUUGACUCUCCGGACAUCGAUAGUGGUAAAUUUCUAGAUGACAAUUUAGAAAAAAUAGGAGGAACAGGCCAUAGGCCCGAUCAAUUAGAUUUGAGGAGUAGAGGUGGCAGUCCGACAGAUGAUGACGAUCUCGAUCCACCAAGCUAUCACAAAGCUAUGGGUUAUCUGCAAAAGGAAGGAAGAGUAAUGCAAGACGGGGAUAUGGUGUUAUUUGUGACGGAAGAUCUAGAAAAUAAAAUCAAAUUGUCUAGUCCUGUAACCAAGAAGGGUGACACUCCAUCGUUCCCAGGAUCUCGUAGCUCAACUCCUUGCUUGUAUAGACAGGCCUUGACUCCACAAUUACCACCUCUCGAUCACAAUGUGUUAAACGAAUUGGAGAUGGAGGCUAGAAAGAUCGCAACCUCUGUGGACGCGUUGACUGAAAAUUUAGCUGCAAUUUUACAAAAUGCAUCAGCUCUCACAGUUGGUUGUUUAGAAACGUAUAGAGAUGCAGUGUGCAAGACGUGCGACGCUGUGGAUCACAAUAUAAAGUCGAUGUAUCAAUUAAUGGCUAAAUGUGAGGAGUUGUCUAAGUCGAUGGGACCAAUUUAUAAGUUAGCGGAACAGAUCAAGGAAAUGAAGAGGAUGCUGGAAUUAUUUGAGAGCGCGAUGAAUUUGUAAAAUAAAAGGAGAAAAGUUUUGCACGCUUAUUAUGUUGAUUAAUUAUAGUAUCGUGCGUAUUAUCAGAAUGCAAUGCUAUUGCACAUUGUUAUAUGUUAAUUUAUAAUGUAAAGAAUAUAUCAUGUAUCAUGUGACAUAUAUAACUUGCUAUUGUACACGUCUCUUUGAAAAAUAAUUAUGCAUACAAGUAUGACUGCGCGCUUGCGCAUAUGCAUCUGUGUUCGAUCUUUGUUGAGUUUUUAUCAUGAUUAGUAUAUGAGACAUAUACACGCGCGUGCGCUUACGGGAUGCAUUAUGCAAUUUAAAUAAAUUCUAGCAUUUGUUCCAUUGAAAAUAGAUAGAAAUGGUACAGAUAAGAGUUGAAUGAUAUAAUGAUGUGUACUUUUUUCUAUUAAUUAACUUACUUUUUUGCAAGUGCAACAGUGCAUUUUUUUCUUUAAGGAGGAAUUCUAUUUUGUUAAAUCCAAGAAAGAUCCGUCUUUAACAAUUUUUCAGAGAAAGAUAUUGAAACAAUUAAGAUACAACUUUUGCAGGAAUAUUUAUUUUGUAGUUUAUAAUGGUAUUAUCGCGAACAAUCCAGUAGUUAUAAUAAUACGUAUAAAAAAAUUAAUUGAUAAGAGAAUAUUAUAUAUUAUUAUAUUAUUAUACCAUUUAAUUCUUGUUUGUACUAUUUUUUUAACUUUAACGAAACAAGUGCAGAAAAUCAGUUGUGUGAUAUAUCCUGUAUAUUAAAUAAAUAUAUAUACACACAUAUUUAAUAAUAGUUGAUUUAAAAAAUGCUGACUGUUAAAAAAUAGCUUUCUAAUGCGAAUAUUGUCAGAUACGUUACGUAAUACGUUUUAAUUUAUACUAGUUGCACAAUGUUAUUAGUUUCUACGAUUAUUUGUACAUACGCUGAAAAAAUAAACGUUAAUAAGAAGUAAUCGAUUUAA